ACGCGGAAGUGCGGGCGGAAGUGGAGUCGGCGGACGCUUUAGGGACCGCACCGGCAGGGUAAACAGAGACGCGGCGGAGCAGCCCGGGCUGCCUCGGGACUUGUAGCCACCAUGAACCGGCUCCGCGAUGACGAUGACCCCUACCUAAUUGAAGAGGCCAGCGACGAGGAGCCGGCUCUGAGCAGUUCCGAAGAUGAAGUGGAUGUGCUUUUACAUGGAACUCCCGACCAAAAAAGAAAACUCAUCAGAGAAUGUCUUACUGGAGAAAGUGAGUCAUCUAGUGAAGAUGAAUUUGAAAAGGAAAUGGAAGCUGAGUUAAAUUCUACCAUAAAAACAAUGGAGGACAAGUUAUCCUCUCUGGAUAAAGGGUCUUCCUCAGGAAAUGGGAGAGUUGGAACAGCUCCGUCAAAAUACUAUGAUGAUAUAUAUUUUGACUCUGAUUCUGAAGAAGAAGAUAAAACAGCGCAGGUAACCAAGAAAAAAAAGAAAAAGCAACACAGGAUUCCAACAAAUGAUGAAUUAUUAUAUGACCCUGAAAAAGAUAACAGAGAUCAGGCCUGGGUUGAUGCACAGAGAAGAGGCUACCAUGGUUUGGGACUACGGAGAUCACAUCAACAACAACGGCCUGUUCCAAACAGUGAUGCUGUCUUGAAUUGCCCUGCCUGCAUGACUACAUUGUGUCUUGAUUGCCAAAGGCAUGAAUCCUAUAAAACUCAAUAUAGAGCAAUGUUUGUGAUGAAUUGUUCUGUCAACAAAGACGAGGUUCUGAGAUACAAAAUCCCCGAGAACAGGAAGAAAAGGCGCGGCCAUAAGAAGAUGCGGUCUAGUGACGGAGAUGCCACAGCGCCGGAAGACACAGAAGAAAUCUACCACCCGGUGAUGUGCACCGAGUGCUCCACGGAAGUGGCAGUCUAUGACAAAGAUGAAGUCUUCCACUUUUUCAAUGUCUUAGCAAGCCAUUCCUAAAUAGCACAGUUGGCAUUUAAUUGCCUGAUGUUGUAUAUAAGGUAAAUAUUAACAGUUCCUUUCCUCCUGCUUUUUCAUAAAGUCAGAGUCUGCAUGGUUAUGUGAGAAAGCAGUGACUUUUCUUUCUAUUUGUGAAAGAGAAUGGUUAUCAAUCUUUCAUCCCACCCUUUUUUUUUUUAAUUAAAUUUUUUACCCCCUUACUCUGAUGGGACUAAUUAUUCUUCCCUUUAGAUGGACAUUUGAAAACUCUGGGGCUUUCUAUUUAUUAAAGCUCUUUAGAAUUAAAAUAUUGUAGAGUUAAAAUA